CAAAACCAAACUGUAAGCGCACCGCCCAAAACCCUAUAAACCAUCUCCCAUCUCUCUGGCUCGCUCGUCUAGCAGAUGCACAGCAGCAGGCGUCCCCUGUCUUCGUCCUUCCGAAAUCCCAAUCCUCCCUCCGAGUCCCCCAUCCCAAAACUCGGAGCUCCGAAGCUGGCACUGGCAUCGCGGCAAUGCCGAGGCCGCCCACAAUGGUGAUCCAGGACGACUACAUCGACAUGGACCUGACCCCGGCAGCCACACCGGAGCCCUCGCCAGCCUCGCCCCGCUUCGAGUUCCAGAGCGCCGGCGCCGGCGCCGCCGGCGACAGGCAUAGGGAGGCGGCGUUCGCGUCCCCCGCGGACGAGCUGUUCUACAAGGGCAACCUGCUGCCGCUCCACCUGCCGCCGCGGCUGCAGCUCGUGCAGAGGCUCCUCCAGGACCAGGAGCAGCCGCCGCCGCUGCGAGGGGCGAAGCGGGAUGCGGAGUCGGAUGCCACGGCGGCGGCGGCGGCAGAGCGAGGAGACGCCGACGCUGCCGCUGCCGCCAGCAAGGUGUGCGCCGCCAAGAAGCCGUCUUGGGCCAAGAAGCUCAAGGUGGUUAAGCGGUGGGCGUCGAAGGAGUACAUCCGGUCGCUCUUCCUGGCCAGGCCGCCGUUGCCGAGCGACAUCGUCGCCGCCGCCGGUGGCGCCAGCGCCAGCGGCCACGGCAUCGGCAGCGUCAGCGCGAGGGGGAGCGUCCUAGAGCAGGAGGAGGUGUGCCAGUGCCAGCACCGCAAGUCCUUCUCCGGCAUCAUCCGCCGGGUGCGCCUCGUGGCGACCAAGGCGCCUGGGACCUCGCCGCUGUGCUCCUCCUCGUCCUCGUCCUCCUCGUCGUCCACGCCGUCGUGCCGCAACGCAAACGGGUUCUUCUUCCGGACGCCGGCGUCGGCGGCGGGGGCGACGCCGGCGCUGAAGCGGAGCAGCAGCGCCGGGUCGUCCGAGGAGGGCGCCAUCCAGGGCGCCAUCGCGCACUGCAAGCGUUCCCAGCUGCUGCAGCCCGGGAUGGUGGCCUCGGCGGCGGCGCGGAGGAGCGUCAGCGACGUCAUGUUCUACUCGGUGACCAACACGCCCAGAGCCUCUUCCGUGACCGCCGGCGAGGUGGCGCAGGAGAGGAGGCAGGAGAUGUGCAGGGGCUGAUGAUGGCCGAUGACAUGCCACCCAUGGAUCAAAAGCGACAUUCUUUUGUUUCUUUUCUUUUUUGUUUAUUUUGCUUGUGAAGAUGAUGAGCAAUGUGAUGUGGGUUGCUCUGGUGAUGAUCAGGACGCAAUGUGCUGUGACUGUUUCCCCGGUUCCCUUGAUUCUUUGCGAUCUUCUCC